AUGGGGAACAAGAACAGCCCUGAGCUCACACUCUCCUUCCUGCUCAUGGCUGCUCUUUGCUUGGAGGCAUCCAUCACAGAAACGAUCAUUUAUUAUCCAGCUGAGAAGAUGAACUGGACAGAAGCGAGACUGUUCUGCCAGAAGAAACACACUGACUUGGUUACUUGGGACUUGGAAAGAUUUUGGCAGGAUGAGUGGUUGGAAGAAGUCUGGAUCGGUCUACUCAGAGAUCCUGAGAAAGACUCAGUCUGGAAGUGGAUAAAUCUAAAAAGUGGAGAAGGGGUCUCAGGAGACGACGUCUCACAGAGCAGCAACUGGGCCGAUGGACAGCAGAGCAGUUACUGUGCAGUUGUGACAGAUGAUCUAAUGUGGAACAGUACCAACUGUUCAAGUACCUAUUAUUUCCACUGCUCAGUAGGGAACACAAUGCAAUAUCACAAAAGUAACCUUAACUGGUACCACGCAUCUCAGUACUGUCAGAAUAAGACUAGUGAGCUAGCCACCAUCACCGAAACAAACACAAAUAGUUUAAAGAAAAGUGGCUGGAUUGGACUGUACCGAAAGGCUGGUAAGACCUGGAGCUGGAUCGGAGACUCUGCAUCUGAAUACAGAAACUGGGCACCAGGACAGCCACUCACCGCAGACUGUGCCUCAUUUGAUCCAGUCACUAAAAAGUGGCACAGCAAUGCGUGCUCCAAAGAGCUUCAGCUUGCCUGCUAUGACGACAACCUGGUGAUGGUGAAUGAGAACAAGACUUGGGAGGACGCCCUGAGACACUGCAGGGACAUGGAAACCCCAUGUGUUGACUCCUUGAGGCCCUGUAUAUACCACCACCAGCUCCUGAGCCUGCAAGACUUGUCUGACUAUGGCUAUGUCAGAGACCGGCUCUACAGAGCCACGACCGAUGAGGUUUGGACCGGCCUGCGCUUCGUGGGAGGGGAGUGGUGGUGGGUGAAUGGACAGAAGCCAGAAGACCAGGGGAUGCUGCCAGACUGUCCGUCCAAGUGGAAACACUGUGGGACCAUGUCCAAAUACAACACAGACAACUGGAUCAUCAGGGACUGCUCAGAAAGAAGAAACUUCAUCUGCCACAGACGGAAAAUACUCAUAGCAGUAAUGAAUGACACAGGGUACAAGAGUAAAGCUAUGAGUAGCCUAUUAAAGAAGUUAGAGCAACCAACAUUAGGCAGCCGCUAG